CGCUACGGCAGUGCCUUGGAACCCUGCCUCAUGUACCCCCUUGUUAUGGCCGGGGGUGCAUGUUGGACCAUGGAGCAGCGUGUUGUCAUUCAAGACCGCCUCCUAGUCAUGGAGCGCACAUGUGGCUUUGGAUACAUCUACAAUGCGCGGGAGCUGGUUGAGCGCGUCUGGAAGAUGAGAGACGAGACCGACGGCACCGGUACUAUUGUCAACUGGGCACGGAUCCGAUACGAGGAGAUGCAUGGCCUGGCUGUUUUCUAGGCACAUUUGGUUUGCCGUCGCUUAACAAAGAGGACCAGGCUUGGCAUAAUUUGACAAAUUCUCACUACCUUUUAUGGAAUAAUCCAUACAAUCUCCGGCUUGUAUUGGCGGUCGAAUUCUCGGCCAUUAGAAGUUUCCGUCGUCACGACCAGUACUACAGCUGGUAGCAGCAGCAAUAAUAUCGCUGUUGCUCGCUUAUCGAGAGUUUGACAAUGGAGCUUGGGAGAGGCUCGUAACCAGCUCAGCCACGUGAGAAUGCAUAUCAUACCCACAUACUUCUUCAAUAGUCAGCUUCCCUGGGCGGUCGUUGGCACUGCUCCAGCCAAUCCUUUCUGUGAUGUCUGUUCUGGCCCUUCGACUGCUCUCCUGUACUCGCGUGGCGCGUGGCUUGCGCUCCAGCUCGUACAGCUGAAGCUUUUCAGGUAUAGACAGGUGUGCAUAUUUGGUGG